AACUCAGGGUAGUUUUUGGACACUGCGCCAAAUACAAGCUUUGUUAAAAGUGCCAUCAGCUCAGUUGGCCAUGUAACUUUAAAAAAUAUAUAUAUAUUUUUUUUAAUUUAUUUUUUUACGGUUUUCGGCCUCUUUUAUUCACUUCGGAUGCUGGCAUCACCAACUAAUUACAAGCAUGAUGAUCAUAAGCAGAAAGCCAGAGGGCCCAAUAGCAACAGCACGUCACGGUGAUGGACUUUACGACUCGUACAUGAGGACGGACCACAUCCUCAAAGAGGACACGGACACAAACAGUCCUUCUGGCCUGCCCCCCAUGCCCAAGCUCACAGCUGUCAGCAACAAGGGUGUGAUGAGGGAUCAGAUAACCACCGUGCGCGGUGGCCAGCUGAAGGUCAAGUAUCUGUACGAGGACUCCGCUAACAAUCGCAAGAUCGGUGCCAUUACCACGGCCGCACCUCAGAACAGCGGGACCACCGAUCAGACGCCCAGUAAACUGGCACCAGCAACCACCCUGUCCAAGGAUCACAGCGUCGACAGCUCUGAAUCCAGUAAGGACUCUAAUGACACCUCUGGCUCUCACGGGGUUGCCAAUGGAGGAAACAGUACCAAGCUGUGUGGCCCCCUGACACCAGAACUGGCCGUGAGACUGUACCGAACUCAACUGACCAGCCUUGAGCAGAGCGAGAUCCACUCCUACCCAGACAUCUACUUUGUGGGACCCAAUGCCAAGAAGAGGCCUGUCGUCACCAGUGGCAGCAACAACUGCGGCUAUGACGACGAGCAUGGCGGUUAUAUCAACGUCCCCCAUGACCACUUGGCUUACCGCUACGAGUUUCUCAAGAUUAUUGGCAAAGGCAGCUUCGGUCAGGUGGCCAAAGUCUACGACCACAAACUGCAGCAGCACCUGGCUCUCAAGAUGGUCCGCAACGAGAAGCGUUUCCACCGACAGGCGCAGGAGGAGAUCCGCAUCCUGGAGCACCUGCGCAAGCAAGACCGCAAUGGCACCAUGAAUGUGGUGCACAUGCUGGAACACUUCACCUUCCGCAACCACAUCUGUAUGACCUUCGAGCUGCUCAGCAUGAACCUCUACGAGCUGAUCAAGCGCAACAAGUUUCAGGGCUUCAGCUUGCCUCUGGUCAGGAAGUUUGCACACUCUAUCCUGCAGUGCCUGGAAGCCCUGAGCAGGCUCCGAAUCAUCCACUGUGACCUCAAGCCUGAGAACAUUCUUCUCAAACAGCAGGGACGCAGCGGCAUCAAGGUGAUAGACUUUGGCUCCAGCUGCUUCGAGCACCAGCGUGUGUACACUUACAUCCAGUCUCGCUUCUAUCGAGCACCCGAGGUGAUUUUUGGCGCUCGCUACGGCCUUCCCAGCUUCGAUCUUUGAAGGAUCAGUAGCAAUGCCAUUGCUAGAAACGACAUGCCCAAGAUAGGUUACAGAGGGACAGCAGAACUGACAUUUAUCCAAAAGCAAAGAGAUGGCAUUGACAAGCUCUGUGUUCAAGUCAGGAACAGUGGGUGGGGCAGGCGUGGUCUUAAGCAAACCUGUCACAUCAUCUAAAGUCUUUCCUUCACUGGCUAAGAAUGAUACUAGCUUGGAUUGGAAACCUCUUUUGUCACUAGUCACAUGGAAAGUCUGAAAAUCAGGGACACUUACUACCCACAAGUCUGACGGGUCCCCAGCAACCAACUGUUCAGGUAAGUCAGUUUUA